CGCAAGAGGGAUAGAGGACGGGUGAAGUCGGCCAUGUUGAGAGGGGCACGAGUGCGAGCUGUCAUCCUGGCUGGAUGGCAUGCCUCUUGCUUCCAUAUGUUUAUGUGUCCGACUGCGACCAGCUGCGCGCGCUAUUCCACAGUAUUUUUUCCAGUUAUAACAAUAACCUUAUAAAGAGAUUGCCAAGUGAGGGAAAAGAUGGGAGAAUAUACAGAAAGAAAAAUACCCAUGAUUGCUGCAAAGGAAACUGGUCCUGGUCCUGGACGGUACAACCUGCCUCCUACAGUAGGGUUUGUGGGCCAUGAUUAUACUAAACAUUCCAGCCCAGCAUAUUCUUUCCAUGGACGGACAAGUCAUUCCGCUUAUCCCAGUGAUUGUAGUCCAGGACCUCGGUAUUAUGUGGAGCCAUGCCUAACACGUUUUGGCCGGAGUGCUGGACCGGCCUAUUCAAUGCUGGCACGAGGCAAAUCAGCAGAUAAUAAAGACAUGGUUCCAGGUCCAGGAGUUUACAGACCUGAGAAAUCCAUUAUUCCAACACAUAAGAAGCCACCAUCAUACUCCAUGGGCUCCAGAACACGUUACAGAUCCAUAGAUCAGGUACCAGCUCCAAACACAUAUUUCUUGCCUCCAGUAAUUGGUCCCCGUGUUCCCGUGAAAGGAUCUGCCCCCGCUUUCAGUCUCUCUGGCAGAACACAUCGUGGCGGGCAUUCUGAAGAUUUGGCUUUUACACCUGGUCCAGCACACUACAAUCAAACAGAUAAUAACAGCUACAUGAAAAGAGGUCCAGCUUUCUCCAUACUUGGGAGACACCAAACUUCAAAAGCCGAGUCUGUUUUACCAGGUCCUGGUGCUCAUAGUCCAGAGAAAGUAGCAAUCCACAAGUGCAAAGCACCUGCAUACUCCAUGGGUAUUCGACACUCUGAAUAUACUACCCCUCUCAUAAUAGAAGUACCCAAUUGACCUUCCAGA